AAACAAUAUUAAAGGCUUGUGAUAUAGAAACCAAAUCCGGGAUCACAAAUCUUAUUGACAGAUGUCUUCUUAGUUACAGAAGGAAUAAUGAAUUGAUGAUGCAUCAAUUGGUUCAAGAGAUGGAAAGAUUCUUAAUAUGUGAAGAAUCACCUGAUAAGCCCGGGGAACGAAGUAGAUUAUGGUGUCAUGAGGAGACAUUCAAAGUGCUGAAACAAAAAAAGGCUACAGAAAAUGUUCUAGGCCUCACCCUUGACAUGAGAAUGCUUGUGAAAGAGAAGUUACAUGGAUCACUUGAGUUGAAAACAGAUGCAUUGAGUAAGAUGGAUAGACUAAUGCUUCUACAACUCAAUUAUGUGCAAAUAACCGACUCUUACAAGAAUUUUCCAGAAGAAUUAAGAUGGUUGUGUAUGCAUGGGUUCCCUUUGAAGUUUAUACCAUCGGACUUACCAAUGGAGAAUUUGGUUGUUCUUGACCUGUCGCAUAGCAAUAUUGAAUCGUUUGGCAUUUGUUGUAGCUAUCCACAACGACUUCACAGGAGGCUAACGGUAACUUGUCUCCAUUUAUUACUUUUCUAUGUCAAGUAGAUAAAUUCACUACUAUUCUAAAUUUUCUCAAUUUCAGCAAUGGAUUGGAUCGUUCUCAAAAGACAAAUGGUUGCUUGGAUCAUUGAAGAUUCUUAAUUUAAGUUCUUGUGAACAACUUCGUAGUCUUGUUGGCUUUGACCACCUCCCUGUACUUGAGAAGUUAAUACUUAGAGGUUGCAUUGGUUUGUUUGAUGUUUGUGAAUCAAUUGAGCAAUGUGUUGAACUUUUUUCGUUGAUCUGAGCUACUGCAGCAAGCUUCAAAAACUUCCAAGAAGCUUAGGCAUGCUAAAAAAAGUUAAAACACUAUUGCUAGUUGGUUGUAAUCUUGGUGAAUCUCGAAUUGGGAUUGUAGAUAUACACACAUCAACCUGUUCAUCUGUCGUUCCAUCUACCGUUGUGGAGGCUAUACCAAAUUAUUCAAAGUUCUUUACAAUCUAUUUACCGACAUCUUUAGUUAGCUUGUCAUUUGCUAAUAAUAAUUUGUCAACCGAAUCCUUUCCCAUGGACUUUAGUUGCCUGUCAAUGUUAAAGGAAUUAUAUCUAGAUGAAAAUCCUAUCGUUUCCCUCCCUAGUUGUGUGAGAAGUCUUCCUAGGCUUGAGACACUUAGUAUGAGAUUUUGUAAAAAGCUGACUACAGUCGAACAUCCUCCACAUACACUCACAAAUUUGAACCUCUAUUCUGAUAAGCCUAUGCUGCAAAAACUUGUACUUGAUCCAGAAAGUUCCCCACUUCAGCUCUGGAUACAAUGGGAUAGGCUACCACCUUCACCUUUUGAGCUUCAAGGCAUGGUGAAAAUCAAACCAAUGGCAGGUGUUGAGGAAAAGGUAUUACGUAGUUUGGGCUGGACUAAGCCAGAUAUCCUUAACAAAAGGCGUGUGGGAACUGCGACAAUCUUCGGAGAAAAGGAAGAAUUUGAAAUCCAGAUGUAUUAUGAAUUUGGAAUAUUCAGCACACUUUAUGAAGGCGAAGAGUUGCCGAGUUGGAUUACGGAUAGAUGCACAUGGUCAUCAAUAUCAUUUACAAUCCCAUCAUCUCCUAACACAUUUAGAGGAUUGAAUUUCUGCUGUGUGCUGACAUCUCGAUUUGCUCUGGAUGAGGGUCUUGGUUCUGUAGGAAAUGUGUUCAUUUAUAUUCCAGUGAUCAUAAUUAGUAAUAUUACAAAGAACCUCACUUGGAUAUACCACCAUUAUAUUGACGUAGUCUAUCUAGGUGGAAUGUAUUUGACGUUCUCAAGCCAUUGGAUGUUUGGGAUGAAUGAGAUGGAAUGUGGUGACCAUGUUACUAUUACACUGAAUGAGAGUCAAUAUGAUGAUGGUGAUGCAGUUAUUAAGGAGUGUGGGGUGAGUUUUGUGUAUGAUGAUGGAGAAGAAGAAGAAGAUGAAGAUGUGUUGGGUUAUUACAAGUCAUGGAAUCACAUCAUCGGUGGAGAUCUCAUUCCAUUUGAGCCAACAACAGGAGCAUACUUCCUAAGCAAAAGAAGAUUUUGCAAUUCUUUCUUUAAUAUGGUUUCAUUAGGAUAUGAUUAUCAGUUAGGAGAAGGCGCCAAUUCCAAAGGUAGAUGGAAUUCCUAUAUGUUCGACUGUACUUCAAAGCUUUAUCACAAAGGAAGUCUGGAUUACCAGAGAAUGCCACAUAAGAAUGCAGGCAGCACCAUGAAAACCAUUGCUGUUGAGUUUGUACGCAUUGAAGACCAGACCUCUAUAUUAAACAUUCAGCACCGACUACUAAACAAAAACCUCAAGGAGCAAAUAAAAACAGACCUGGCACACGGUUAG